AGUUCGGGGAAGGAAAAUGUCAAAAAUAUGUCAAAGUUUUGCAUGUUUCGCGGUAAAGUGCCAGUGAUUUGGAAAAUUAAUUUGAAAUAUUAAAAUUUUUCACUUUUCUGUGCCUGUAUUAAUAUUGUUAUAACAAACGCAAUGAAGCGGAAAGAUAAGAUGGAUAGUGAGACCGGUUUCGAAGGAUGGGGUGAUUACAUGGAUGCUAAAAUCUCCAAAUUGGAGGAUCAAUUUCGAAACAGUGCCGCUAGCGUGGGCGAGAAGUUAUCGAACCUGUUUGCUGGAAUUUCAAUCUUUGUUAACGGCUACACGAACCCUUCGGCAGACGAACUGAAACGGCUGAUGAUGCAGCACGGUGGAAUAUAUCAUCAUUACAAACGUCCCACGACUACCUACACGAUUGCAGCGAAUCUGCCGGACGUUAAAGUGAAGUCGAUUACAUCCGAGGUAAUCAUCAGUCCCCGCUGGGUGGUAGAUUGUAUUGAGCAGAAGCGAAUUCUUGAUCACAGCAAAUAUCUGCUGUAUAGCAAUCAUAAACCUUCCCAACCGAAACUUGCUUUUGGAAAACUUUCAACCCUAGACGUGCAAAAACCAAUCGUAAAACCGGACGGAAAAGAUGAUAUUAGUAAGGAUGAAUUUAUGAGCCUAUUGACCAAACUUCACGUGCUUAACGAAAAAAUGAAAGAGUCUGAAACUGCUGGAAAUGAUCUUGGUGAAGGUAGUUCUAGUAGCUCGAAGACACCAACUAAAAUAAAGGAAACCAUUCAAAACGAAACAGCAGAAGUGAAAUUGACAUUUUCCAAAUCUCCGGAAGCAGUUGAGAACCAAACAGGAAAGACCAAUGGAACGCAGUCUAUGGUUAAAGGGCAAUCUGUAUCAGGUCCCCGGGGAUCCCUCAGAGCAACGGAUCCCAAUUUUUUAUCAGAAUUUUUCAACAAUUCACGCCUUCACCACAUAGCGACUUUGGGAGCCGGGUUCAAGCAGUAUGUUGGAGAACUUCGAGACUCUAAUGGUGGUAAAAGUUUCCCGGAGCGCGAUACCCUGCGGCAAAUUCUCCCCGCAUUAGACGAUCUAGGAGGACCACGUGGGCCAUUUGUGAUGCACAUUGACAUGGAUUGCUUUUUUGUAUCUGUUGGAUUGCGUAAGCAUCCUCAUUUGCGAGGAAAACCGGUGGCGGUCACCCAUUCGAAGGGUUCUGAAGCCGGCAAGGUGCAAACUCAUCCCGGACAAAACCGUUCAUUGGAAAUCGAACUAUACCAGAAGCGUUUGGAGGAGCGUUAUAAAACGCCGGACAUUCCUUACGAAUCGCGAUUGCUGAACAUCGACGACAACAAUUCUAUGUCGGAAAUUGCCUCGUGCAGCUACGAAGCCCGAAAGAUGGGAGUUAAGAACGGGAUGUUCGUUGGUUCGGCGUUGAAACUGUGUCCGGAACUGAAAACGAUUCCUUACGAUUUCGAUGGCUAUAGGGAAGUGGCCUUUACGCUUUACAACACCAUUGCGAAGUAUACGCUCAAUAUCGAAGCCGUCAGCUGUGACGAAAUGUUCGUUGACCUGACUGAUCUUAUUAGCGAUAUCGGCACCGAUGUGAUGGACUUUGUUGGAUUCAUCCGAGACCAAAUAAAGGAAUCCACCGGUUGUCCCUGUUCGGCCGGAGUUGGAGCAAACCGCCUUCAGGCUCGCAUGGCUACCAAGAAGGCUAAACCAAAUGGGCAAUACUAUUUGGCACCGGAGACCGUCAUCCAAUACAUGUGUGAUAUUCCGAUUGGUGACCUUCCCGGAAUUGGACCCAGCACUACCUACCGAUUGAAGCAAUUAUCUUGGAACACAUGUGGAGAUCUGCAGAAUAUAUCGAGUGCCGUUUUGCAACGCGAAUUCGGGAAGAAGUUUGGCGACACGAUCUACCAAGCUUGUCGUGGCAAUGAUGAUCGACCCUUAGUAUACGACCAGGUCAGAAAGUCCGUUUCCGUAGAUGUUAAUUAUGGCAUUCGAUUCAAGGAAGAGGCGGAAGUUGAACGAUUCAUGAAGCAACUCUCCGAGGAAAUCCACAAACGACUGACUGACAUAAAAAAACGAGGAAAAGUUAUCACGGUCAAACUGCUUGUCAGAUCGCCAGAGGCGCCAAUAGAGACUGCCAAAUUUAUGGGUCACGGACUUUGUGAUAUCAUCACCAAGUCCCAUGCGAUGCAUGAUUUCACCUGUGAUCUGGCGGUAAUUGAGAAGACUGUACUGAUGUUGAUGAAACAGAUUGCGGCACCACCUCAUGAGCUACGAGGAAUCGGACUGCAAAUCUCCAAGUUCGAAGACAAAAAACCAACGGCAGAUUUGAAAAACUCGUUGAAAACGAUGUUCGAAAAAGCAGCUGCAAAGCAAGAAUCUAGCAAGCUUGAACAUCCAGUUCUCUCGCCGACCAAACCCUCUACAAAUUGUUCCAAAUCGGAAACAACACCUAAGAAAAAGCAACAAACAACACCAAAGAAAUCGAAACCAACCGUAUCUAAGGUCACCCGAGGACGUGGACGACCUGCCAAGGCAAGUACGUCGUUUUCAAAACAAAGUAAUGAUAUGAUGCGCUUUUUGACGGAUGGUAAGUCUGGCGCCAAAGACAUUGAAAUUCCAGAAGGCAUGGAUGCGGAAUUUUUAGCCGCACUUCCGAACGAAAUCCGAGCCGAAGUCAUUCAAGACUACAAACUUCAACAAGCUAAAAGUAGCAAGACAUUGAAUAAACCAAAACCUCGGGAGUUGUCACCGCAACCAUCGACAUCGUCAGCGUCCUCCGCUGCAGCCGCCGCCGCUGAAAAGAUCAAUAUAGAUUUGAAAUUCCUGCAGGCCCUACCACUGGAGCUUCGUCGGGAAGUGGAGCAACAAAUUGAGCUACAGAAGGACACAAUGGUCAUCACAAGCAAUGAGCCGGAAUUCCACGAACGCCUGCAGGUAACUCCGGAGUCGAGCCCAGUGAAGGAACGGCCAGGCGAUGCUGAUGAAAAAAAUAUCUCGCGAAACAUUUUACCCGAGGUGGAAAAGAACAUUUUGCUGCGCCCGGACUGGCGCAGUCUGCUAACGGAAUGGUUCGAUAGUGGGGACGAGCCGGAGGAAGAAGAUGUGAACAUGAUUGCGGAGAACGCCUGCGAGAUGGUAAGAACAAAACGGCUGCAUGAGCUCUAUCUGGCGUUGCGAUUUCUGUUCAGGACGUUGGACGAUCGUGAAAGUUGCCGAUGGCAUCGUGUGUACGUCAGGAUCGUGCAAUCAGUGCAGGUUGUGAUGAAACAAAUGUACCGUACUAAAAUGGCUGUACAAGAAAAGUUCAACUGUGGAAAACCGGAAUGCUGCAAUUAGAAAGAACGUAGUGGCAUACAAAUUUGUUAUGUUUUAAAAGUUUUAUUGAGUUUCGUAAGACAAUACGUUGAUCAGA